AACCACCUGUGUAAAACACACCUACUCCUCUCUCUCUCUCUAGCUCAAACUUUUACGAACCCUAAAUUCUCUCUCUUCAUUUCUUUCACCUUCUCUCUCUCUCUCUCUCUCUGAAACCAUGAGUUCAGAGAUGCUCCACCGCAACUUCUCUUCACAAAACCACAUCUCAACCACCGCCGCCGCCGCCGAAUUGGUGCCGACUCGAAAAGGCGGUGGUUCAUCGUCGCUGAAGGACCGUCAUACGAAGGUGAACGGCCGGGGGCGGCGGAUCCGGAUGCCGGCGCUCUGUGCCGCCCGGAUCUUCCAGCUGACUCGCGAACUCGGCCACCGAUCCGACGGUGAGACGAUCGAGUGGCUCCUCCGCCAGGCCGAGCCCUCUAUCAUUGCCGCCACCGGCACUGGCACCACUCCGGCGGAGCCUUUCUCCACCCCAACCAGUACCAUCCCCUCCUCCCAACGGUCGGUCUUCGCUUCGCUCUCUCCUAGUUAUUCGAGAGUGCCGGCGCCGGCGACGCCGCUGACGGCAUCGAUGAGUGGCAGCAGACACAUCAUAAUGCCUGGAAUGUUGGUGGCGCCGCCGAGUUGCAGAGUGGAUUUGUGCAGAGCAGCGUCGCCGGCUAUGGGGAUGGAGUUUACAGGGGAUGAGUUUUACCGGAAUAUGCCAUUUACGGCGUUGUUGAUGCAGCCGGAGAGUGAUGAGGCGGAGGAGAGACACAAUGAAGAGAUAUUUGGGGUUUAGGGAUUGUGUGCUGUUUGGUUUGAAAAUUUUGGAAUGUCCGAUCUAAUAAUAAUAAUUAAAGUCGAGUCUUCUACAGUUUUUUUUUUUUUUUUUUUUUUUUUUUGAAGGUCUGUAUGUAUAAUAAGGAAGGGUGAGAGGGCAUGAGGAAAAUGUAAAUGAUCAGAAAUUGAAAUACAUGUAGCCCUAAUUGCAUAGUAUUUAGUAUUUAUUAUUAGUAGCAAAUAUGUGUAA